UGCGUGUGUUGUGUUCCUAAGGCUUGGAGCCAGGUCGCUGGUAGACAACCAUAUUGAUUUGUCACUUGGAAUAAACACACCGUUACUAAAAAUCUUUUCUUUUUCAGACGCGCAAUAGCCAUCUAUUCGGUGCCAACGGACGGUAGCAUACCUGAGAUCACUAUGCUCUCUGGGAAUGCAUCAGAAAUUUCAGCAAAAAUCGAAUCAGAACCAGAGCCAGGUCUUCCCUCGCCCAAACAAGCAGGGAUAGCUGAAAAAUGCAGACCACCUUGUUUGCCUUAUAUGAAAACCCUUACUCUCUCCACUGAAGGCUCGUCUCCAUAUUCAUCAGAAGCGAUCUCCAUCUCUACUUGUUCGCCGAACAUGGCUAUGGCAAUGCCUCUCCUUUCACCACAAGUUUCGCUAUCACAUUUGUCUGCAAUGGAAGCUACAUCACCUCCCUGCUCUAACCCAUCCGCCUGCGACAGCGAGAAAAGACCAUGUUUGAAGAACACCUCGGAACAAGACAGUGAAGGAACUGAGCAGUUUGUUUGUUUCUAUUGUGAUGUAAAGUGUCAUUCAGAAUGGGCGAUCAAGAGGCACCUGAGGGGGAAUCACAAGGAAGAAGAUGAACUCUUGUGGAGGAAGGAAUCUGCGCCGGAGACUUUUUUUGUGAAAGACAAGCCGGUUCGCAGACGAGCUACCUUUAAACGCUCAAUAGCCAUCUCUUCGGUGCCAACAGACGGUAGCAUACCUGAGAUUAGGGUGCGCUCGGGAAUUGCAUCAAAUUAUAGUUCAGCGGAAAUGAAAUCUGAACUAAAGUCGGAUCUUCCUUCCACCAAACAAGCAGUGACCGCUGAAAAAUGUGGAUCGCCUUAUUUGCCAAAUAUGAUAACCCCUACCCUUUCCACUGAAGGUUCGACAAUGCGUACCCUUUCAGCAGAAAUUUCGUUAUCGUCUCCUUCCAGUUCUAAUCCAUCAUCCUGCAAUAGUGAGGAAGAAACGUGCUUGAAGAACACCACGGAACGAAGCAGUCGAGAAGGAACUGAGCUGUUUGUUUGUUACUAUUGUGGUGUAAAGUGCCAUUCUGAAUCGUCCAUCAAGAGGCACCUGAGGGGGAAUCACAAGGAAGAAGAUGAACUCUUGUGGAGGAAGGGGUCGGCGCCAGAGACUUUCUCUGUGAAAGACGAGCCCGUUCGCAGACAAACUACUUUUACUGACAGAUCGCCAAAGAAAAGAGGGAGACCGCGUCUGAAGCGUAGAAGCUCACCAGAAAAAGAUCCAUUACCCCAAUCAGAGAAAUGGUCACGCCAGAAAAGGAGAUUGAGGGAGGGCUUUCCGCAUAAGCCUCCUACCCAAGACGUUCCGACUUCUAGGAAAUUUCAACGGAUCGAAUGGGACAGAACAAUCUUUGAUGACGAGUCUGAGGUCGUGAAUCUCCCACAAGUUGCCCAAGAGCCCGAGGGGACCUUGACCGAACAAAGACAACCCGACAAUGAUGACUUACUCCAACCUGAAGCCAGAGACGACAUUACUUCGGAACCAGGAGGUUUACUCUACUGCUGCGACCAAUGUCCUUUCACUGUGCGAAGUUUGUUCCAUUUCCGCCUACAUCUGGCUCAACAUGUAACAGCAACAUGUGGCUUGGUCUCUGCAACCCCCAGCGUCUCCCAUUCCAGAUGUGGAAUCUGUGGCUAUUUCGCCGAUGGCCAGGCGGACUUUCUGGACCAUGUUACCAAACAUACGAAGGAAAAGCCCUUUCUGUGUAGUUACUGUGUGAAGGACUUCAGCUCUCGUGAAAAAGUGAGAAUACAUUGUAAUUCUGAACAUAAGGGUCAAGCUGUUGUGUAUACACACCGUGGAGAAAUGUACAGAAAGAUGUUUCAAAAGCCCCGGAUGAUGGUACUUCUUGAGCCAGCGAUAGUGCUUUCUAAACUCAGUAAAAAUGUGCCCAUACAUCAUACAUGACAAUUUAACUGUACUACGGAACAAAACAUGACUUCCGUAGAAGCAACGUGUACAUAAUGACGUAUUAUUACUUUUUGGCUGUUCAAAAGCUAGAGAUGGAUCUCUAACUUUCUCGAUCUGGAGGUCAACAGGUCGCUUGUCCCUGAUAAGAGCAAGCACUUGACUGUAUCAACAAAUCAUGUGUAUGACAAACCGUCUCGGAUUCACCUCCUUGGUAUGAUGUCACAACGAGCAAUUGGUUUACCGCUCCAGGCAGUGUCGUGAAAAGUCACGCUUCACUUCUGACCUUUCGAAAACUAUACUGGCGAUCAAAAGAAAGGUACCACCCUGUGUGUUCGAUCUGUUCGCCUUUCCUCUGGAAAAUAAUUAUUCUUUCGACCAUGAAAUUGAAAUGUGAAGUAUUCCAUAGAUUAAAUCAAGGGAAAAGGAUUCUUUUUCUGCAAAAACCUCUCUUUUAUGACUGAAAUGUGACGAUAGGGGUAAAAUCCAAAAGGCACACACAGUACGCCAUGUAAUCUCUAUGUGCAUUCAACACAUCAGUGCAUCUUCUGUACAUAGAGCACUCAAGGCUUCAUGCAAAAUGUCGUUUGAGGCAUUGGUUAGGGCUUGCUGCAACUGUAAAAUGGUUCUGGGAACAGGAUUCAAGUCACGAGCAACAUAGUUAAUCCUUUCGCAUAGGCGCUCAAUUUGGUUACAACCUGGUGGAAUGUCAGGCCGUAGAUUUAUCGCUGUGACGUUAUUCUUGAUUUUUUAAAGAAUUUUAUUCCAAUUGGAGUGCACGAUGUGCGGGUGCAUUGUCUUGUUAUAACAUUAUGAGCUGAUUGUGUUGUUGUAAAAAAAUGGCAGAUAGAGCU